AAACACAAAUACACAUAUCGAAAACGAAUACGAAACCUCUGUCGAAAUUAAAAUUGAAAUCUUCGACUUGGACGCGUUUGCCUUUCUAUGUUUCGAACGUGUUAAGUUUUUUAAUUAGUCGCAUUUUCAAGUGAAUCGCUUUUUGCCGCUAAAACGAAACUACCACAAUAAAAUCACAAAUUGAAAUAUCAAAACAAAACAAAGAAAGAGAAAACAACAACACAAAAUAUAUAUAUGUAUAAAAUAUAAAUAUAAAUUGUUUAAAUUACGAGCAUUAAUUCUAAAUCGCUCGCAGUGCAGUGCGAAUUUGAAAUUUGAAAUUGUGUCAAAAAUCAGCUCAAGAUCAAUUGAGAUUCGAUUCGAAUUGAGUUUGCAUCGCAAUUACUGAAAGCAUUUUUAUUUAUAAAUUAGUAAGCAAUAGCUCAUCAGCCAAAACUGACAUCACGCCGCUGCUGCCAAACAAACCAAAAAUAAGACAGUCGAAAAAGCACAAAAAAAAAGGAGAGAGAAGCAAAAAUCAAACUAUCUAAAGUCAAGUCAAGUUGGGUAUCUGAAUCUGAAUCUGAACAGCAAAACGCAAACGCGCAAAUGCAAAUGCAAAUCCCAAUCCGAAAACCCAACGACGAAUGAAUUGACAAUGACAAAGAGUAUUACACGUCUCCGUCUCCGUCUCGACACUUCUAGUAGUUAUAGUGGAAUUCUCUUUACCUAUGUGAUAUUAGCUUGUACUACAGUUGCCUUCAGCUCACCGCCAUCAUGCGGCUUAUAUGGGGCGCCGCCUUGCCAGUUUCUGCCAGCGCCUCCAGGACAAACGCCCAACUGUGCCAGGCCCGGCAAAACCUAUUGCGAGCAUGUCGAUAACUAUCCCACAUAUCUCAUCAAGAGUCUAGUACGCAAAUGGGGCUAUGAGGCGGCCUCUUUGCUGGUGGACGAGACCUGGGAGGAGUUCACAUCGGUCACGUCCGUCUUCUAUGAUCCCAAGUACAUAUUUCCGCAGCGUGACUAUGGCAAUGGACAAGACUUCAAUGGCUACAGCUAUCAAACGCCCUUCGGGGGCGUGCCACAUCGUGGCAGCGGCAACUCUCUCUUUGCCCCGCACGCUGCCACCACCGAGUCACCCACCUAUCUGCUCUACACAUCCGCCGGUCAGCGUCAGGGCAAUCAACAGUCAGGUGGUGGAGGAGGAGGAGGAGCGGGAGCUUCGGCAGCAGCUGGAGGGGCAUCGAGUGGAUUGUAUUACAACAAUGGCAAGACGCCUUAUAAUGCCACACUCUGGCUGAAGCGUCUUGUGCGCGAUCUGAGUCUCAAGCAGAAGGCCAUUCAGGCCACAGCCGAGCAGCUGGAGCGGGAAAUUGCCGAACAGGAGUUGGCCAAGCAGCUUUUGGCUGAGCAUGAGGAGGAGACGAAGCGAGAGCUGGAGAAGGAGAAGGAAAAGGAGAAGGAGGAGCGCAACACGCGUGAUGUGUCGCUCAACAUGGAUCUCUUAGACAUUGUGGGUGUCAGCGACAGCAACAACAACAAUAACAAGAAAAUUCAGCGCACCAAGCGACAGAGUCCAACGCGCUCAACGCUCUGCGAAACCACAUCGCAGUUUAUAACGCCACAAGCUGCGCUCAAUUCACGCGGCAAUUGGAUGUUUGUGGUCAACGAGGAGAACACCGCCCGUCAAAUGGUCAAGGCGGAGCUCUGUGCCUCAAACACAUGCUCGAACCUGUGCGACUUGCCCAAUGGAUACAACUCCAGGUGCGAGCAGAAGUUCGUACAAAAACGUUUAAUUGCGCUGCAGGGCAACGGCCAAAAUCUCUACACGGACACGUUCUGGUUUCCCAGUUGUUGCGUCUGCACGAUAGCCGCAAAUUAAGCAGCAGCAACAGCAACAGCAACAAUAAGAGUAACAGCAACAGCAGCAACAACAUCGAGAGCAGCAGCUGAAUCGCAGUGGGAGCAACAGGACCGGAACUGGGCCCAAUGUUCAUUCAGCGAGUGAGAGAGAGAGGACAGCGAAAAUACAGGGGGGAAAGACAGCAGCAACAACAGCAGCAACAGCAACAACAUCAGCAACCAACGACAGCAACUGCAAACUCUAUUUGGGUUGUCGUCGUCGUUGUCAUCAUCAUAAUUAUUGAGCGUUGAAAUUCGAUAUGAAAAUGAUUUUUGCAGCACAUAAUUGAUAACUAAAUUUAACAGCAACAACAACACAUAAGAAUAUUCUCACACACACACACCACUUCAUACACACACACACACGCAUGUACUGUAGUUUUACAUUUAAUUUAAAAUCAAAAACACAAAGCAGAGAUAGAGAGAAUAAAGAUAAAUCAACAACAUCAACAAAGGCAGCAGCAGCAUAAUGAAAAUACUAUUCAAUAA